UUAAGUUUUUUAAGUCUCACUUUCGGUUUGUCAGUGUCGCAGUUUAGCUUCCCACUCUUCCGCUUCUCUGAUAUAUUCGAAGUUUAAUUUCUCUCUAGUUGUCUCUGAUAUUAUUAGCCGACUCUCUCUUGUUCUUCGUCUCGUUUAUGCCGUGGUUUAAGAGGAUGUUACGAUCCGUGGGGUUAGGAAUUCUUCUCUUAAGCGUGGAGUUGGUCCUUUCAGAUUCCUACGAGAAAGUGGGAGACAAAGUAGUCCUAUCUCCAGGCUCCGUGUCUGAUCGCAUCACCAGCAUAACGUGGAAACACGGCCCGGACAUCGCUGUGGAGUGGUACGGAGGUGACAUAGUUCCGUACUGGGACUUCAGAGGUCGGUGUGAGGUGAGUACUUCCACUGGAGCGCUGACCAUCUCAAACCUGACUGUAAAGGACAGCGGCAUGUACACAGCAGAGAUCAACAACAGAGUCAUGAGUCCGACUAAAAUCACUGUUAUCUCUGCUGUCCCCAAACCCACUGUCUCCAAAUUGUGCAACCCUGAGAUGACCAUCUGUACUCUCACCUGUGAAGCCAGCAUCACAGAUGACACCAAACCAGUCACCUAUUCCUGGAUGAUAGGUGAUGGGCAGACACCUCAGUCUUCAAGCAAUCAGCUCAGAAUAGCAAAGAACAAUACAGAAUCUCUUGAAAACUCAGUCAGUUGUCAGCUGGAAAACCCAGUUAGCAGUGAAAGGAGUGACAAUAUAAUCAUUUCAUUUGCAAGUGGUGAUCAACUGCAUUGGAUCAUACCAGUAAUAGUAACAGUGAUUGCGUUGUUUGCGUUGAUAGUGGGUGUAAUUGUCUUUUUUCUUUGGAAAAAAUACAGACAUCGAGAAAUCGCACCACAAAAUGUAGCAAAUACAGCAGAGACGGUACAAUUGGUUGGGAUACAGAGUAAUGGAGCAGUAGUGACAGCUCCUGAGAUACACAAUGAAAACGAGUUGGAGUCCGCAGAUUAUGAAAAUGAAGCAGAAAUCAAAACACAAGACAAAGCAAAGACACAAGAAGAGACUCUACCAUUGGUUGAUAUAAAGUGCAAUGGAGCAGUAGUGACAGCUCCUGAGAUACACAAUGAAAACGAGUCCACAGAUUAUGAAAAUGAAGCAGAGAAGUUUACAACUACCUCAGAGGUCAAGGUUGAAUCUGGUAAGGACCAAACACCUGCAGCAUCCACAGAUUCCAGCAGUAAACCUGACAUGCCAGCGCUGGACUCAAAGAGUAAUGAGACGUCAGAUUCUGAGGCGAAACCUGAAACUGAGACGUCAAAAACCACCUCAGAGGUCAAGGAUGAACCUAGUCAGGACCAAACACCUGCAGCAUCCACAGAUUCCAGCAGUAAACCUGAGACGUCAAAAACUACCUCAGAGGUCAACGAUGAAUCUGGUAAGGACCAAACACCUGCAGCAUCCACAGAUUCCAGCAGUAAACCUGACAUGCCAGCGCUGGACUCAAAGCGUAAUGAGACGUCAGAUUCUGAGGCGAAACCUGAAACUGACAAUCUACAGGAACCACAGCAGGGGCCAGAGAGGACAACAUAGGACCAGAGACUUCUUCACCGAGUGUAGAAAGAGCCAAAUCUUUAUCCUCAGUCACUUAAGGACUGUUUGUAUUACAUAAGUGCACAAGGUGGAGGAAGGGAGAGGUUACAUGUUUGAUAUUUAAUGCUGUAUGUGUCAGAAAUGCUGUAGUAUCAUUAUUGCUUUUUCUUCCUGCCCUUUCAUCACAUUUAAUUAUGCAUUUAAGCUUUAGCAAACAUCACUGAUGUUCAGCUAACAAAACAAACUGGGCUUAAAGCAUCUGUGCAUUUCUGAACAUGUUUUUCUGUAAGAUUCGUGGUCUUGUUCAUUUGCUGUGAAAAUCACUUCACUACCACCCAUGAUGGCAGCUCGUAACAAGCUUAGUUAAGUCUCUAAUUGGCUUCAUUUAUGGACCUUGAAAGGGAGAUGUCCAUAUAUGUGGGUAUUAGAGAUGUGAAACAAUGACAGGAGAAAAAAAACAUUAGCGAUCCAGCUGGGUGAGGUGAGGUGACUUUGACAGGAGCAGCUGGGAUGACUAGCAGUGUUACUGAGUGACAGAUGAAGGGUUUUGAAAUCAGAGCAGGGGUGUCAAAGCUGUGUUAGCUCAUAGGUCAAAUAUAGCUCUACCUGAUCUCUGGUAGGCUGGACCAGUAAAAGCAUUGCAUAAUAAUGAUUUUGGCUCUGAAAGUGCAAAGAUUCACCAGGGACAGUGCUGAGAUCAUCAGAUGAGAAGUUUUAAAAAUUCCUUUUAAAUUAUUAAGGUCAUUUAAUGAGUGCUCUGUCAAAAAAAAAAAAAAAAAAAAAAAACAGACAGUAAGCUGCCUGAGACAUCUUAAGAUAAAAUAGGUGCAAUUUCAACAACAUAUCAUUUUUUUUCCACUUUGAAUUGAGAGCACUGUCAUUAAAUGCACUUUAUUCUAUAGUCGAAAGACAGAGCACCUUCACAUGUAGAGCUUUUGUAAGUAAACAACUACAAUAUUUUACCUCUUAUGAUUCAAAAAGCUGUCUUAGACGUAAAAUACUUUACUUUUUUCAGACACCUCUCUUGUGCAUUAGAUCAAUACUGGCAUGACCACACCAGGAAUAACAUUAAUUUAGGGAAAAACAGGAGGAAUUAAUGAGACUGUGCAAAGCCUUCCAGUAAACUGAUUCCUUCUCAG